GGAAGGUCGAGGUUGUUUACGAAGUGACGAAAGGGCUGGUGUGGAGGUAAAUAGUGACACGCAAAGAACUGUUACCAUCUGAGUGUCAUAGGCCUUUGGCUGGUGAAUUUUGGUCGACGAGUUCUGCCAUCAUGUCGGCGGCUGGAUCUCCCAUAAAAUCGGGAAAAAGUCGAUCAAUUCCAACGCGGAGAAUCCUUAUCAAUGACCCGAGCCAACUUCCACAUGACUACAGCAGUACUCCAGGUGGCACCAUAUUUUCUACAACUCCAGGAGGCACAAGGCUGAUCUAUGAUAGAGCCUUCCUCCUGCGGUGUAGAAACUCACCACUGACCAGAAGCCCGCCGGCCAACAUGGCUGUGAUUCCCGGAGUGACCAGCCCUGGUGAAAUGAGCACACCCAAGGAGAACGGGAGUGAGCAGCCCAAAGGCGGAGAUAACAAGACACCAGCAGCAGCAGCAGCAGCGGCGGCUAAAGCACCAGUUGCAGGGGAUGACCCCCAGUUUGAAAUGGAUAUUUGAACCACUACCCAUGGUGCCUUUCACGUAGUUUCCGUGUCCCAUUUGAUGAAGGGAAUCUGAACUGACAGUGCAGUCGCUACAGGAGUUGACACGUCAGUUACAGUCAAGUCAUAUCAACCUGCAUGUAAUUGAUGAGUCCAGGAUUUUUUUCACUGAAUGUGACAAUAGCAAUUCCAGGAAACUUGACAAUUGUUGCCAAGGAAACGGCAUUGAUGAACAUGUGUGCAAGUCAGGACCUUCUUUCCUGCCUACAUGAUUAACAAACAAAAAAAACAACAAAAACCUUGAAGUCAAAAUAAAAAAGUAAAUAAAUUAAAAACCAGGACAGAAAAGACUGAUGAAAUUCACAUGUACCACUUUUUAUUUGACAGUGACAUUUUUGGGUGUUGGCUUAAUAUGUGUUUUGUCAAGUGACGGAUCAAACCAACUUUGCAGCAAUUUUGUUCAUGACGGUGAAUAGCGACAUAAAUAACUGUUUGAUACGAAAAGCUCUAUAAUUCCGAGAACUGAAGUGGUGGGAAGAUUUUGAAUAUCAGGAAACAUACCUGGCUGCAGAAAAGAAACUUUUUAACAUGCAAAUUCAUACAGACAUUGGAGAAAUUUGUUCUGUGAUGAAAUCAUGGAAAGCUAUUGUGAACAUUGCAAUGUUUGGAAACCUAGAAGUUGUGAGGUGGUUAUGGAGGAUAGCUAUCAUGAUGACAACCAUUUAAUGAUCUUCUUCAACUCUAAAUGACAUUUGCUGUUUGCCAAUCAACCCAGCCUUUAGCUGCUAUAUGGAUGUUUUAUGGGGGAUUUUUUUUCCUGCCAAUUUGGACUUAUGUGUUACCCAGUUUGGCGUUGUUUUAAAUGCAUUGUACAAUUACGUCUUCAACCACAACCACCACAGGUAUUAUCUGCUAUGAUGGUACCAAAAGUAGUUCCAUUUAAUAAUACUGACGACGAACUGUUACCGAAAAUUUAAGCCCGUUCACAGGUUGGAACUUACCCCUGCUAGAGACCAGGGGCCUGAUAAAAUGUGGUAGUUUCCCGCCAGGCUCUUCUCAGUUUCCUCCUCCUGUAAGUGAAAUAUUCUUAUUUUGGCAUAAAACACUAAAUCUACUGAAUACUCUUUUAUUUGUGUACGACAGUUCUGACAUCAUUUCCACAAAGCCGGUUUUGACCUACAACUCAAAAUUUAAAAAUGCGAUUUUUUAAGAAACUUAUAUUUUGUUUUUUGACUAUGAGUGAAAAUAAUGAACACAUAGCAACAGUUAAAUCUAGACAGAUUGAACACAGUGUGAACUGGACCAUAAAUUUAUUUAUUAUGUUUUGCUGAAGUUACUGUAUGCAACAGGCUGAAAGCUGCCUCAGUGGUUUGCUGCAAUUUUAAUGUUUCAUUUAAAUGUCUUUUCUUUUAUUUUCUUUUGAAUAUUACUCUUGCCCUCCAUGAUAUUGAAAUAUCAGUAGGAUAAAAAUAAUGAUACAUGCACAUGACCAGAUUGGUUGAUACUUUUUCUAGAUGCGGUCAAGAACGCUUGAAAUCUGUGGUUUUUUUGGGUAAAAUUUAAUGGAAAUCUGAGGCAUAGAAUUGGCUGCAACAAGAGAUAGAAGUGUAUGACAGGAUGUGUAAAAUACAAAUGUUUGAUACUGUGUCUUUAUGUACAUUGUGCCUUUGUCAUAUCUCCACAAAAUACCACUGGGCUUAGAAUCAACUGCCAUCAUGAAAGUGAAAUAUUCUUAAAGAUGGCUUUAAAAAUCACUUAGUCAACUUAAAGGCCUUAUUGGCUUAUUUACACCAAAUUUCAAAGUGUUUACACGUACCAAAAUGUUAUCAGAAGCCCCCACUUGACUAUUUUGGUUAUUUUAACUGUUAAAGUUACUUCAAGGAAGCGUCUUUUUGUCUAUGUACCAGUAAUUGCUGAAUGAGCAGACAGUGUUAGACUUUUUUUGUUUUUGUUUUGUUUUUUAUUAUCUCAAUGAACUUAACUCUUUAUUUGAAAGGUUAUGUUUAUCUGAUGGAGUACAUGUAAUUGAAGAAAAAAGAACAGUCAGAGUGUUUUUUGAGCCAAAUAAAAAGCCAUGUUUCUUUCGUAGUUCUGAUAUAGAGCCUAUCAAAACAGAUGGAUUAUGCCUGCAAAAUAUCUUUGGGAUGUUACUGAACAUUUCUUACGUCCCUAGCAGGCUGUAACUUUCCCCAAGUCUGGCUCUGGCAAUACUCACAUUGUCAUGAACAGUCCAGAUACUCACGUCUAAUCCAUACUGAUGGGCUAAUUAUUAUGUGUUUUUGAAUGACAGACUAUUACUUAACUUUCCAGUGGAAAAAAAAAAACAAUAAUCAAAAUCUCACUCAGAUGUAACAGAGGUUUUGUAAUGUGGUAGAUUUGAGCAAAUAAUGUCUUUCAGUAGAAAAAUUUUUAUGCAUUGUGAGGAUGCAAGAAAAUUGUUCUAAAAUUAGCCAUAAUAAGUUUAUUUUGAUGUCUCUCUGUAAAUCUGUGGGUUAUUUCCCCUGCAGUCAUGUGAAUAUAUUUGAGAAAUAUUUCUGAUUUUUACUUCGAGCUUUUUUUGUAUUUUAAUGAAUUUCUUUUUAGGGAGAUGGAUUUUUUCAGUUGUCAUUGACUGUAAACCUUUGAGAAGAAGUUUUGGAAUUCGGGCUUGGUGUGCUUUGAAAUCAAAAUUUUAAGUAAAAUGUAUAUUUCUUGAAAGUGCUGUAAUUUUUAGGGUUUUAUUUUUAUUGUUAGUAGUGCUAUUGGUAUUUGGGUACCUAUGUGUCAACAUGAAGGUUGAUCUGGAAAAUGUGCUAACAGAUUUUUAAGAAAUGCAAGAAAAAAAUUUACUGAAAAAAAUUGAUUUACAAAUGUAAUUUUUAUUUUGUAAGUAAGAAAUGUUAUUUGUGAAUGAAUUAUUUGUGGGUACCAAAAAAUCUUGUUAGAGCUGGAUUUCUUUAAUAGUCGAAAAUUCUCAUGUUAUAAUGCUCAUGAUACAUGUAAUUGUAGAGGCUAUGAUUCUGACAUUGUCCAAAACAUUAUUGAUUGCUUCCCUUUGUAUCGGCCAUAAUUCCUGCUUAAAAUGACUGGAAGAAAAAUUUUGGAAAAAAACUUUUAGAAAACUUUUUUUAUUAUACUCAUGUACACAUUAAACAUGUCAUUUGAACAUCAUGGAAGGCAAGAUUUUAAACAGAAUUUCAGGUCAGGUUGUGUAUUUUCAACGUUCCAAAUAUGUCACGUAAAUGGCAUAUGUCCCAGAGUAUUCCAUGGCAUGCCAAAUUUUUCAAAUGUGCUAAAUAAAGACUGAUACAUGUACAUAGAAAAUGUACCAACCAACAAACACUGAUCAAAUUAUGCAGUGUACAAUUUGAGUUAUCAUUUUGUAUACCAGUAAUUGAGUUAUGACUGUGUACAACUUGGUUACCAAUGUACAAUGGAGUAAUUUUUAUGUGUAACUGACAUACCCGAGUGAGUUGUCUCUAUGUACAAUAAGAGUUGUGUAUAGUGAAGUCAUCCCUGUUUAUAACUGAGUUAUCCCAGUGUACCACAAAGUUGUAUUGUAAUCCCUGUGUACAGCUGAGGUGUACUAGCGAGAUCCCAUUUUGUGGGGCAGUGUCUUCCCUGUGUACAACGGAGGUGUACCAGUAAGUUUCCAUUGUGUAUGACACUGUCAUCCCUGUGUACAGCUGGGGUGUACUAGUGAGUUUCCAUUGUGUUUCCAUCCCUGUGUACAACUGAGUUAUCACUGUGAUUGAUCAAUUAUAACAGAUAUGAUUGUGUAACUGAAAUUAUGGUCAGAUCCCGGUCAAAAGCAGACUCUGGUGUUGCUUGAAGAAAAAAAAAAAGACACGUCCAGCAGAGACAAUAAAUAACAAGACUUGCUCACUCUCCUUGGA